GUUAACUCUCACUGUUGAACGGUUUCAGUGGUUUCAUUCACGAGAACGUGAUUACGUUUACUUUCAGUUCAGUGCAGUUUGGAUUUAGAGCUUUACCAGAAUGCGGCUUCGAGUCUCUUGGCUACCGCUCCUCUUGUGCGGAGCUAUUUUCUUGAGUCAAACCGAAGCUCGAAGAGUUCGAGUGCAACCUGUACAUGAACCCGACGAAGAAGAAACCAUUCAAUACUACGCCGCCGAACCACAGGAUGAGGAAGAAGAACCACAGCCACGCCAACGAGUGGUUUUAGUAUCUACAGCCGAUCAAUAUAAUGGUCUCUAUGGCCAACCCACAGCUGCCUCGAGAAGCAGUCAAGACAAUUACCUGCCAUCCUCGCGUAAAUCUCUAGCUGCUCUUAGAGCCAAAGACACACCUAAAACGCCUCCUAUUCAAACAAUCAGAAACUACAACAAAGUGAACGAUGACGGUUCUUUCACAUUCGGGUACGAAGCAGCUGAUGGAAGUUUUAAGGAGGAAACGCGAGGUACUGAUUGCGUUGUCAGAGGCAAAUACGGCUACAUCGACCCUGAUGGCAACAAAAGAGAGUUCACGUACGUGUCGGGAAAUCCCUGUGAUCCCAACGCUCCGAAAGAAGAACCAGAAGCCGAACCAGAACGAGAAAACGAACCCGAAAAUGUACCAGCUAAUUACCCAAUACGACCAAUUCGACCCAUCCGACCUGUAACUAUUGCGCCAAAACCUGCAGUAACUUUGUUCCAGAAUAACUACGACCAAAGCGAGGAAGAACAACCGGAACCUGAGCAAGUGCUGAAACCACAACAGCCCGUUCGACGCCCACAAUACAUAUCGCGUCCACAGUACGUCCAGCAAACAGCAACUGAAGAAGCCCAGGUUUAUCAGAGACCUCAGAUUCUUUCCGCCACAACUCCAACUUCUUUGCUUUUGCAUAAACAGAGUAUUAAUAUUACGCCACGACCUGCCUCACCGACUCCGUCGACGAGGACGCAGCUUCCAGCUACGACGUACAGACCUCAACUUCUCCAAGUUGCGGUAACUCCAAGACCUUCUUUGUUGUAUACGACGAAGCAGUUGUCCUCGCCGUCUAGUACCGCUAUCCCGUCAAGAGGCAGUCUCGAUUUUGACGCGGAAUUCCAGAAAUUCCAACAAGAAAAUAAUAUUCUUGCUCCAACACCUACGCCAAAGACUUCAGCUACGGUAGCUAAGACAAAUAAACCAGCUACAACAUCACCAGCGACAGGAACCAACCCGGUUUAUUCGUCGGCUUUAAUCUUUGAUCCAUCUUCUGGUCAGUACAACACACAGUUGUAUCAGACCCUUCCUCAGACUGAAGGUGACAUUUCGUUAAGCCAACGUAUCCAGCCGUACGUGCAUCAGCCACAAAGACAGGUGCUCAAUUUGCAACAGCUACAAAGGCAGAGUCCUCUUUAUGCGCACGUAAGGCCUACGCCAACUCAAGAAAGCUAUCAACAGCAGCAAGCUGGGUUACAGUUCCAAAAUUCGGCACAGUUGUACGCACAGCAGAGAGCAAGACUACAGCAACAACAGCAGUCACAACAGGAGCCUCAGAGGCAGUCUGUGCAGUCACAGCCGGUGUACUACAUCCAGCCCUCCGUGGAUCAACCCUUGGCAAAUGGUCAGAUCGAUGCGUUCCUCAGAGGACACAAUAUCCAGUUUUAGUUAGUAUAGGUGUUUCAAAAGACUAGAAUCAUUGGACUGAUCAGCGUGAGGCAAGUGUAACCUCUACUUGUCAUGUUAGUGAAAGUGCUGCGAUAUCCACGAUAAACACGGUCACGCCCAAAUUAUGCAAUACUCAGUUUGCAUGCGCGAUUUUUUAACAUCGCGAGGUGUUGCUUUUCACUCUUGCACUGGGUGGCUUCGUUGCUGAUCUGCAUAACUUUCGUCAUUGUCUUGGCUUGGUUCAUUGUCAUUCCUUUCAAGGCCGUUCGCAACGCGCCCAUUGCGACCUUGGUAAUUCUAGAUUUUACUGUAGUACACUAUUUAUAUUUCGACUUUGAGAAUUGUGCCUUAUGUAAUAGAAAAAUUACCAAAUGUUAAUGUGGAAAUGAGCGGUCAUUAUUACGCGGUUAUAUUUGACGACUAGGUACUUGUACAUAACAGAUAUAGAGGUUUAGUCUUUACUCUUGAUGUAAUAAUAUAGUAUUAUUAUUAUAAUGUUUGUACUUUGUUAUGUAAGAACAUUAAUGAAAUAAAUAUUGUAUAUACUGAA